AUGCGAAGUCGAGUCAUUGAACUCUAUAAAAAUUUGUAUCACAUGGGAAAAGAGUAUCCGAAAGGAAGUCAAUGGUUUCAUGAGAGACUGAAAAUUGCGUUCUGGAAAAAUAAGGUGGGAUUUUUUCGAAAAUUGUUUUGUAAAUAAUUCAUAGGGAUUUUAGGAUAUCACGGAUCCUGCAAAAAUUGACGAACUAUUGAAACGCGGUGAUUUUGUUGUCAAAGAGAUCGAGGCACUUUACAAACUUCGAAAAUAUCGUGCAAUGAAACAAAGAUAUUAUGAAAAUGAUGAGGAAAAUGAAAAAGAGACGAAGAAUUUUGAAGAUAAAGUUCAGAAAGUCUAG